CUGCGGCCUCGGCGCCGGCGGGGCGGGGGCGUAGGAGGCUCGGCGCGGCCGCCCCGCAGGGCCGCGGUAUGGGGCGGGUGCAGCUCUUCGAGGUCCGCCUGAACCACGGCCGCGUAGUCUACAGCCCGGGGGAGCCGCUGGUGGGGGCUGUGCGCGUGCGCCUGACGGCGCCGCUGCCCUUCCGAGCCAUCCGUGUGACCUGCACGGGGUCCUGCAGGGUCUCCAACAAGGCCAACGACUCAGCCUGGGUGGUGGAGGAGAGCUACUUCAACAGUGCUCUGUCUCUGGCCGACAAGGGGAGCCUGCCUGCUGGAGAGCACAGCUUCCCCUUCCAGUUCCUGCUUCCUGCCACGGCUCCCACGUCCUUUGAGGGCCCUUUCGGGAAGAUUGUACACCAGGUUCGGGCCACCAUCGACACACCACGUUUUUCCAAGGAUCACCAGUGCAGCCGUGUGUUCUACAUCUUGAGCCCCCUGAACCUGAACAGCAUCCCAGACAUCGAGCAACCCAAUGUGGCCUCCACCACCAAGAAGUUCUCCUACAAGCUGGUGAAGACGGGCAGCGUGGUCCUCACAGCCAGCACUGACCUCCGAGGCUACGUGGUAGGGCAGGUGCUGCGGCUGCAGGCGGACAUUGAGAACCAGUCAGGCAAGGACACCAGCCCGGUGGUGGCCAGUCUGCUGCAGAAAGUGUCCUACAAGGCCAAGCGCUGGAUUUACGACGUGCGGACCAUCGCCGAGGUGGAGGGGGCCGGCGUCAAGGCCUGGCGGCGGGCUCAGUGGCAGGAGCAGGUCCUGGUGCCCGCCCUGCCCCAGUCCGCCCUGCCGGGCUGCAGCCUCAUCCAUGUGGACUACUAUCUGCAGGUCUCCCUGAAACAACCGGAAGCUGUUGUGACGCUCCCGGUCUUCAUCGGCAACAUUGCUGUGAACCACGUCCCACUGAGCCCCCGGCCAGGCCCCGGCCUGGUGGUGCCCUCAGCCCCGCCCCAGGAGGAGGCAGAGGCUGUGGCCAGCGGCCCUCACUUCUUCUCCGAUCCUGUCUCUCUCUCCACCAAGAGCCACUCCCAGCAGCAGCAGCCGCCUGCAGCCCUUGGCUCUGUGCCCCACAGUGCCCCAGAACCCCGUCCUCAGGAUGGCAGCCCCGCCCCACACCCUCUGCCCCCUCCCUUGUGCAUCUCCACAGGUGCCACCGUGCCCUACUUUGCAGAGGGUUGUGGAGGUCCGGUGCCCACCUCCAGCACCCUGAUCCUCCCCCCGGAGUACAGCUCGUGGGGCUACCCCUAUGAGGCCCCGCCGUCCUACGAGCAGAGCUGUGGUGGUGUGGACCCUGGCUUGACCCCAGGGAGCUGACCCCAUGCCACCUCGUCUGGAUGGGCGGCCCUCUGCCCUGGGACUGGGCUCCCAGGACCUCGUGCCUUCACUCCUGGCCUGGCCCGGCCCACUCAGGACCCGCUGCUGCCCGCUCUUCCCGCGGCCUCUACCUCCAGAUCAGCCUCUGCCCCGGCCAGCCUCCUCAGCUCCCCAGCAGUUGGCCUCUCCCAGGGGGUUGGGGCCUAGAGAGACGCGGUGUAAAUAAAGUGCUUCAUUUGUA